AUGCCGAACCGCCUGUCGGGCUCCUUCAAGACCGCCCUGGUCGUCGCCGUGGGCGAGUUCUGCGGCACCUUCAUGUUCCUGCUGCUCUCCUUCAUGGGGGCGCAGACGGCGCUCAACACCUCCGGGGGGUUGCUGGACGCCUCCACGCUGCUGUACAUUGCGUCGUCGUUUGGGACUGCGCUGGCGGUCAAUGUGUGGGUGUUUUAUCGGGUCACGGGAGGGAUGUUUAACCCUGCAGUCACUCUGGGCCUCGUCCUGGUCGGAGCCGUCAAACCCAUCAGAGCGCUGUACAUCUUCCCAAGCCAGCUCAUCGCCGCCAUCGCCGCCGCCGCCGUGACGGACGGCCUCCUCCCCGGCGCCCUGGGCGUGACCAACGGCCUGGGCAGCGGCACGAGCGUCGUCCAGGGCCUCUUCAUCGAGAUGUUCCUGACGGCGCAACUGGUGCUGACGGUGUACUUCCUGGCCGUGGAGAAGCACCGCGCGACGUUCCUCGCGCCCGUGGGCAUCGGCGUCUCCGUCUUCAUCGCCCACAUGGCCGGCACCAACUUCACCGGCACCGGCAUCAACCCCGUGCGGUCGCUGGGCCCGGCCAUCGUGACGGGCCACUACCAUGGCUACCACUGGAUCUACUGGCUGGGCCCCUGCCUCGGCGCGCUGCUCUCGUUUGGCGUCUACAGCCUGCUCAAGGUGCUCGAGUACCAGAUUGCGAACCCGGGCCAGGACGCCGGCGACCCGGAGGAGGCCAACGAGGAGGCCCUCGCCGCGGCGGAGAUGGGCACCGAGGGCCUCGCCAUGUUCAGGAGCAGGAGCCGGAGCGGCAGCACGGCGCCGGGCGGCGUGGGACUCAGGAAGGACCUGCGGCGGGGGUCCGCAGCAGACGGGGGGAGGCCCGUCAGUGCGGCCGAAGCGGUCUGA